AAUACCAAUAGCUAAGUCACAACAAGGAAGAAUGAUCACUUUGUGAACAGUCGCUGUUUCAACUGCAUGUGUAGUCUGUUUUAACUGCAGAUGAAAAUGUGCAAGAAUUGCAUUUCGUGAAAGAUGAAGACAAGACAAAUCCUGGCUCUAUUUCUGGCUGUGGUGGGCCUUUGUGGUACUAUUCUGAUCUGUGCCCUGCCCAUGUGGAAAGUGUCUGCAUUCGUGGGGGCCAAUAUUGUGACUGCACAGGUUUUCUGGGAAGGUUUGUGGAUGAACUGUGUCCUGCAGAGUACCGGUCAAAUGCAGUGCAAAGCAUAUGACUCCGUUCUGGCUCUUUCUCAAGAUCUCCAAGGGGCUCGUGCUUUGAUCUGCGCUUCUAUUGGUGUAUGCGUGCUUGCGAUUGGAUUGACGGUUGUUGGAGCAGAUUGCACCAACUUUUACAGCUAUGAGCCGUUUACGAAAGCCAAAAUUGGAAUAACAGCUGGGUCGGUCUAUAUAGUUGCAGGUGUAAUGUGUCUCAUUGCUGUUAGCUGGUCGGCAUAUGUCAUCAUCGUGGACUUUUAUAAUCCUCAAGCAUCAGGAACAAAAGGAGAACUGGGAGCUUCAGUCUAUAUAGGAUGGGUGGCUGGUGUGCUGCUAAUAGUCGGUGGUGGAUUACUCAUCAGCACGUACUCCAACCGAUACCCAUGUGCAGAUCUGAGUAAAAGCGAUAAAGCUUUAGUCCAAAUGAAUGAUGAUGUGUUUAGCUGCCUCAUGCACUGUUUCACAACACCAAGGUUACACUACUGGAUCUCCAAGCAACGUUCUGUGGAGAAUAUUCCAAUUGUAUCGGAGUGUGUUGUGGUAGAGUAUGAUUCUGCACAUACGAAAAUAAUGGCAUCUGCUGGGAUUCAAAUUUUGGCUAAGGCCCUGGCAGUCAUUGGCUGGUUGGGCACUAUUAUAAUCUGCGCGCUCCCUAUGUGGAAAGUGACGGCGUUUAUUGGCAAUAACAUCGUGACGGCUCAGAUCUUCUGGGAAGGCCUCUGGAUGAACUGCGUACAACAGAGCACGGGUCAAAUGCAGUGCAAGGUCUACGAUUCCAUGCUCGCGCUUCCUCAGGAUCUCCAGGCUGCGCGCGCUCUUGUGGUCAUCUCCAUCCUCGUGGCUCUUUUGGGAAUGCUGCUGGCCGUCGCAGGAGGCAAGUGCACUAACUGCAUUGAAGACGGAGACGCGAAGGCCAAAGUGUGCGUUGCGGCCGGUGUUUUCUUCCUGGUGGCUGCUGUCCUGUGUCUAAUCCCGGUGUGCUGGUGCGCAAAUGCUGUCAUCAGAGAUUUCUACAAUCCCAUUGUGACCGAGGCACAGAAGCGUGAACUGGGAGCAUCACUGUUCAUCGGAUGGGGAUCUUCCGGUCUUCUGCUCAUUGGAGGAGCGCUUCUUUGUUGCCAGUGCCCCAAGAAUGAUGGUCGUGGUGGUGGUUAUUCCGCCAAAUACUCCGCUCCAAGGUCAGCAGCCAACGGUGGCGCAUAUGGUGCUAGAGCCUUGGUGAUCAUUGCCAUCAUCGCUGGGGUGUUUGGAAUUAUCCUGUGUAUUGUGGGAGGGAAGUGUACCAACUUCGUGGAUGAUGAGGCAUCUAAGGCAAAGGUUGCCAUCGCCAGCGGGAUCAUCUUCAUCAUUGCUGGACUUCUUGUUCUUAUUCCUGUGUGCUGGACCGCGAAUGCCAUAAUCAGAGACUUUUAUAACCCUUUGUUGGUGGACGGCCAGAGGAGGGAGCUUGGGGAAUCGCUCUAUGUUGGCUGGGCAUCUGCUGCUUUGCUUUUUCUAGGUGGAGGUCUUCUGUGCAGCUCAUGUCCUCCGAGUAACGAUGGUUAUCCUAGUGUGAAAUAUUCCCAGGCCAGAUCUGUGAACAGCAGCAAAGCUUAUGUUUAGAAAGGGAACGUUAAC